ACUAUCCAUCGGUCAGCUUUCUUGCACUGGUCGUCGUACUGUGUGUGGUAAAGAGUGUGAGUGUGAGUGUGUAUGUGUGUCAGUUGACUCCUCCACCGCGCAGGAUCUCUCCACCGCUUCGCGGAAGAACGCGUCUCUGCUGUCCCGCUAAAGAUGGAUCUGUCCGCGGCAGGGGACCGUGUGUUUGCCGCUGAGGCCAUCCUGAAGCGUCGCAUCCGCAAGGGGCGGAUGGAGUACAUGGUGAAAUGGAAAGGAUGGGCAAUAAAGUAUAGCACAUGGGAACCUGAGGAAAACAUUCUGGAUGAACGACUCGUUGCAGCAUUUGAACAAAAAGAACGAGAACAAGAGAUGUAUGGACCAAAAAAGAGGGGCCCAAAACCUAAAACGUUGCUUCUGAAGUCGAGAGCACAAGCUGUAGAGGGCAUCCCACGAGUCCAGGAGUUUAAGCACAUUCGUCCUCAGCAUGCUUCCAAAAUUCCUCAGCCCUCCGUCGUACCGUCCUACACCCCCAGUGCCCCAUCCAACGCAAAGCUGCAGUCAGGUGCCGCCCAGCCCAAACUGAAGAAAGACAUUCACCGCUGUCAUCGUAUGGCCCGUCGACCUCUGCCCCGCCUGGACCCCUCAGCGCAAACAGCGGGUCCUUUUUCCUCUCGGCCCACAGUUAGUCCGUUCUCAGAAACUGUCCGUAUUCUGAACCGGAAGGUCAAACCCAGAGAGGUGAAGAAAGGGCGGGUCAUUCUGAACCUUAAAGUGCUUGACAAGUCUGAAAAUGGUACCGGCAGUAAAAGGACACACAUGCAAAGCUCUGUCCAGCCAUCACAUUACGGGCGGCAGAAAAUUCCAUCUCGAAAUAGGGUGAUUGGGAAAAACAGGCGCUUCGGCGAAGUGUCCUACCGUGGUCUCCAACCCCCCAUGAGGAGCUCUGGCUUUCCCAUUUUUGGAAAGCUGUUUAAUUCUGAUUCGCUUAAAGCAGAGAGCCAAACUCAAAGUGUGGAAUGCCGCAACAACGUACCCAACAAUGGCCUGUCUUCGUCAUCCUCUUCAUCCCAAAGUUCAAAGCUUCAGAUGUCAGACUUUUCCAAAAGUCAGACUCUCAACGAUGAACAGCCUCCUUCCGUCUCAAGCUCGGAUGUUUCAGACGGCGAGCCACCGUCCCCACCACAAGGCAAAUCCCAGCAUUCCUCGUUGACGCCCAAGCCCACCACAACAAUCGCCCCGGAUCCAGCUCGUCACAAACUCACCAUUCAACACCUGAAAAACACCUCAGGUCCAUCUGCUCUUCCAUCCUCCCCCAUGUUCUCCUCUUCGUCCUCAGCCUCAUCAUGCUCAGAGGACAACGAGCACAUACUGGACCUUUCCGUACCUCACGAAAUUGACAGGCGAAUGCGGCGACGCCAUCCCUUUUCUGGUCGCCGGGCCCUCAAGGUCCCUGAGGUGCCCGUGUCAGAAGAGCCGUCGGAAGAGGAAGAUGUGGACUGGCGCCCUGACAUGACGUCUCAGUGUGCCAAUGUGGUCGUCACGGACAUUACAGCCAAUCUCUUCACUGUGACGAUCAAAGAGUUUUGUCAUCCGCCUUCCGCUACCUCUCCACCCUGUAACCCUAAAAAUGCGGCAGCUCAACAAAACACACAACAGCCAAAAGGACUUGGAAUAUACUAUCUUAUCGAGGGCUUAAGAAUUCGUUGGCCCUAUUGUGUUUUUUUUUGUUCUCAAGGACAGAAUCUCACCGUUAUCUUUUUUUUAAUUAUUAUUACUGUUGUUUCCACCGCCAACCUGAAGUUCAUCGUCGUCAUCUUGGCCGCCGGGAUGGUGGCGUUUAUCGGAGCGGUUAUCUGCAUCAUCGCCGCGGUCCACAGCGGAUCUCCGCCGGCUUCAGCAUCCGCAGCACAGCCCCUGGCUGACAACCAGUCACUGUCUCAGGACCGAACCGGGAAGAUGUUAUCGUCAGGCUCGGUAGCCCGGACAGGACCGCUGGACGCUCUCCAUGGUACUGAUGCGAUCAGCAGAGAGAGAGGGGGACCCGAGGCGCCCUCCUUCUACGGCGUAACCGGAGUAGUGACCGGAGACAGCGAACAGCAGGUCACGUACAGCAGACUUAUCUGCACCCCUGUGCCCGCCGGUGAGUGCAACCCCAAAAACUUUCAGCAACAAGCGGACGACCCAUCUUUAUAUGCGGGAGAGGAUUGGGGGUAUCUCCGCACCACAGCCGAGGAGCUCCGGAAGACGGUUCUUCAGCAGAAAGACGAGAUCUUGACGGAUCAAAGGACAAUACGGGAGCUAACGGGAAAGCUUUCGGAAUGCGAGAGUGGGCUGAAAGGGCGAAAGGUCCCGGGACGUCGGGACACCCCAAAAGAGCAGAAGGACCAGCUCAUGAUGCAGGACGAUGCGGGACCCUUGAUGCGCACGGCUCAUGCGGUUGAGGAGCUGGCGCAUGCCAUAACUCAAAUAAAAGACCGCAUUGAGAAACUGGAGUCUGAAAUGACAGCACCAGCGUUCAAUCACACAGACACAAGCUCACAGAAAGCCUCAGGCGCUGCUCUCAAGCCUUCCCGGGCUCGAACGACAAACACACAGAGACGACUGGAAGAUCUGGAAGGAGAGCUGAAGAGAAAGAUCAAACAGCUUGAGGAAGAGAGGAAAGCUCUGCGCAAGGAGACGCAAAAACACCAGGAGCACAUUGACUAUGGACUGGAUACUGUACAGCAGCGAAUAAGCAGCUUGGAGAAAGGUCUUUUAGACAACACGUUUCCGGAAGGCUACCGGCUCUCGUUCCCUGUGCGGGGCAGCUCCAUGUAUGCUGUGUUUAAGCAGGAAGUUCCCGCCCUGCACGCUCUGACUGUCUGCAUGUGGCUCAAACCUGCCAAGAGCAUCCUGGGAACAGCGUUUUCGUAUGCUGUUUCGGAUCAGAGUCAUGAACUUGUGCUUCAGCAGCUAGUUCAUGGCCCCAUCGAGUUCAUCAUUAAUAAUGAGGUGGCGCUGUUGCCUCUAAACCUAACGGUAGGCAGAUGGCAGCAUAUGUGCGUGAGUUGGAACAGGAGGACUGGAGUGUGGCACGCCUACAUAGGGGGAAAACUAAAGAGCGAAGGGAGUGAUCUGGCAACCCGCCACACCAUCCGUCCAGGAGGAACUCUCAUACUUGGCCAAGAACAAGGCUCCAUAGGUGGUCUUCGUUUUGAGCCGUCCCGGGCUCUGGUGGGGGAACUGUCUCAGUUUAAUGUGUGGGAUCGCCCACUUCCACACACUGAGCUCUCUGCUCUUGCCCAGUGUGGCACAGGCAUGCUGGGUAAUGUAGUUCCUUGGACCAGCCGGGCGGUAGAGGUUUUCGGAGAGGUCACCAAGCAAUCGGCUGACCAUUGCGACCAUUGGACAGGCACGAGGCAGCGACUGGCAUCUUAAGGGUUCAUAUUAGAGUCAGAAAAAGAACAGAAGGUUUAGCGAGGUAGAGAUCUGUAAGGGAGGACAAACCCAUGCCGACAUUAAACAUGUAUGACGACGUCCUUAAGACAAUGUUUGGAAAGCGUUUUGAAGAUGGUACGGCAGAUAAUUCCAUUUGUUUUAUAUCCAAAGUUUUCUUCAGAAAACAAUUAAUUUACAAUUAUUUGAUAUUAUUAAGGAAUAUUCUUAUUUGAUGAUUGAAAAACAUCCAUUUAAUAAACAUAAGGAGGGAACCACGUGCUCAGGCGAACCUUAUGAUGAAUUUAAUGUCUUUUUCCACAGUUCAAAGCAGACAUUUCAUUCUUUAUUUCCUGUAUUUGAGUACUGUUUGCUUUGAAGGAAAAACACACAAACAGCUGGGAUUCAUCUUACUCUAUUUUUAUCAGUUGUCCAUUUUUGUACUAGGUUGUUUUUGUAUGUUUGAUCUUUUAUCCAAGAUUUUUCGUAAUACUUUGAAUCACAGUUACUAUGGUGAUCACUAUUGGACAGAAUCCUAUUGGUCAAGCCAUUCCUGGUUGAAUUGCAUACAAUAUAAAACCUUUCACAUCGGAAUCACAGAAUAACAUUGAAUUAGAAUGAAUAGAAGGGAUGAAAGACCAACAAACUAGUAACAGGUGAAAAGACAUUUAGUCGGAUGAAUGUUUCAGCAAUAUUUUAAUUAAUAACAACAUAAACCUUUAAAGCCAUGUUUCUGAAACCCUUUACAAACAUCAUGCAAACUGGUUUCAAUAUUCCUGUUAAACAUAACCUGCAAAUAUCUACAGACUUUCUCAUGCUGAGAAAGAAGCGCAUAUAUAGAUUUAUACAAAAAUCUACUUAGCAAAAUUAUAUUUGUAUAAUAGGCUAAGAAACAUUCCGUAUAAUGAAUGUUUAAUAUUUACACCAUUAAAUGUAUAUAACACUAGCCUAUAUAUCUAGGUUAAUGUGACUGCUUAAGAGUUUAUGUGAAUUUUACAGUGCGCUAUAUACUGUGUGUGAAUUAUAUUUAUUGCAUUGUUUACAUGUGUAUGCGGCAGGCUGAAAAUUGCCUGUUUGGUGGCCUUGCCAUGUAAAGAAUGAGGUCUCAAAUUUGGGGGCCCUUUUAAAGUAUUCCAUUGCUUGGUGGAAUAACAGAAAUCGAGUUAAUGAUGGCACAAAAUGGACAUAUACCCACACAUCUGGGAAAAGAGUAAAGUAUAACUGACUGUUUUUGGGAGUGUUUCAACACUAAAUAUCUGUUUUUUGUGUGUAGUACUGUUGUUGGUGCAAUGCCUGUUUGUUUUCUUUUCAGUGGUCAUUUUUUGAUGUUUAAUUACUUUGAUGUACACGAACAAGCUUCACAUCAUAUUCAGAAAGGACUGUUUACAAAGAAAUGUUAAUAGAUGUUAUUUUGUAAAAAUGUAUUUGUUUUUGAAUCGGCAUUUGUCGUGACUUUUAAAUGAAACUCUUUUUGCCUGGUCAUUUUUCUAAUCUCUUGCUUUUUUACACAUUUGCACCUUCAAUCUUCUAUUCUCAUAUUCUCAUUCUUGCACUCUGUCUGCGUUUAUCUGUAUUGAAUUGGAGAACAAAUGUGCAAACGUUAUUUGACUAUUAAAAUAUAUAGCACAAUGAAUAAUCAAAUUAAA